GAGAGGCGAAUCCCAGGAACCUUUUCCUACAUAGAUUUCUUAAUUUUUCUGCUAGUAUUCUGCAAACUGAAACGGGGUGGAAAAUAACAGUGGAGUCCACGAGAAGUUGAACCCCCGGGGCCCGCAUUAUGGUUUAGCCCGGUUGCCGUGGAGACCGAUGUAACACCCGCUCUCGGGCAGCCGCCGGGAGGCGAUGGCCACGUUAGCUCGGCUGCAAGCUCGGUCGGAGUUCGUAGCUCAGCAGUACUACUUCAGGAACAGUGUUGUAGAUAUAUUUAGGAAAAAGGAGUAUGAUGCAGCAGUUAAAAUCCAGAGCUGGUUUCGAGGAUGUCAAGUUCGGGCAUAUAUCAGGAAUUUACAUAGAGUAACAACUAUUAUUCAAAAAUGGUGGAGAAGUUACUCAGGGAGACAAAAGUAUCAACUAAUUGUAAAGUUCGCAUCUUGUGCUAUGAAGAUGAAUCUCUACAAUGCAAUGGCUGUCAGGAUUCAGAGGCGAUGGCGAGGCUAUAGGAUUCGGAAAUACUGCUUUAAUUAUUUUUAUUUGAAGGAGUACCUGAAAGCUGUUUCAGAGACCAACGAUGCAAUUAGGGAGGCCCUGGAGGAGUUUGCAGAGAUGAAAGAAAGAGAAGAGAAGAAGGCCGACCUCGAAAGGGAAGAGAAGAAAAGAGAUUACCAAGCCCGAAAGAUGCAUUACCUCCUCAGCACAAAGCAGAUUCCAGGUAUAUACAAUUCACCAUUCAGAAAAGAUCCUGAUCCCUGGGAAUUGCGGUUACAAAAGGCAAAGCCCUUAACAUACCAAAGGUCUAAGAUUAAGCAGAAGCGCUGCAUCAGCCUUAGCAAUUGGCUAGCUUGUACGAGUGCCCGUUCCUUUCCUCGAUCUGAAAUUCUGCCACCCAUUGGUAGGAAACAAUGUCAGGGACCAUUCCGUGAUAUCACUGAAGUGUUAGAACAGCGCUACAAGCCCUUCGAGCCAACACUGUGGGUAGCAGAUCCAACCAGUGAGUUAAAGGCGGCCAGAGAGGAAGUCAGAAGACAGGCAUGGAUGCGAAAUGUAAAUGACAAUAUGAUUUCCAAACUGUAUUACCAUCAUUUGAUCUCUUCUCAAAGUAUGGAAAAUUAUAUUCAAAAGCUGGACAAAUUAUCUAAAGAAAAUAAAAGAAGACAAAAUGUAAAAAUGAGGUUAAGGCAUGAAGUGAGUGUGGAAUAGAAGAUCCCCACUGCCUGGAAUCCUGGAUUCUACUUCUAUGGCUGCUGAGUAACCUUGACACAAGUCUCUUAACCUCUGAAGUGUUUCUGUCUCUCUCUGUCUCUCUGUCUCUGUCUCUCUCUUUCCCUUGCCCCUUGCCCCCUCUUUCUCUCUCAUUUGUCCAAAGGAGAAAUUGGAAACAUCUUUGGUUCAUUCAAAUAUCCUACAGUUCUAAAAGUAAAAUAAAAACGUAUCCUACAGAAAAUACACUUAAACCACACUUCUUAAAGUGAUUCAAUAAACUAUAAUACUUUACAUCCAACUGCUCAUAAAUUAAUUACAGUGUGGACCUAUGUACACAUAGUAUAUGGAUAGUGGGUCUUUUCCCUCUGAGAAUGUCUGUCACAACCACAGCCCCUGGUGAUCAAAAGUGCCAUAAAUGGCUCCACUGAAGUGGCCGUAUUCUGACCCCAUCGCCCUGGUCACAACUGAUGAGACCAGUUUGGGUACCCAAGUUAAGGGCAACCAGCAUGUCAGUGUGAAUGAUGAACAUACAGACAAGACCUUAUUCUUAUCUUAUUUUAAGACAAUUCUUAUCUUAGGGAAGUCCUGAAUCUUUCUUACUGAUUGUAUGGUUUGGAACUUUCUUACUGAUUACAGUGGUUUGGAAUAUGAAUGGUAUGAAGUGGUUUGGUGUGAGAGCUCUAGCCUAAGGAAAAAUAGGGACCCAUCAGACCAAUUAGAACCCCCUCAGGACGUUGAACUUGCAACAUACAGACAAGACCAAUGGGUGUGGGACCAGAAACAUAGGCUCCCUCAAAUAGAGAAGACAUUUGCGGGUCUCUGUUGCAAAGAGAGUGAAAAGGUAAUCUAGUACUAGGGUUGUACUGAGUACAUUGUAUUCACUUACUAAGUGGCUUCUGAAUGAAAAACAAGUAUCUGACUGUUUAAAUUGUGAAAUUUUAGAGUACACCUUCUCACCCUUUGACUCUUUCAUAGCAUUUAGCAGUCUAUUAGGUAUUUUGUAGGUGCUGGAUGAAUAUUUAUUGAUUCUGGGUUCAGCACAAACUUGGGAGACAAUUGGCUGGUAUUAGAAAGAGUCUGAACAUUGCCCACUUCAAAGCUACAUGGCAAGUCUUAUGAUUCAGUCCAUAACCUUGCCCUUGUCUGUAUGAUAGUCUAAGCUGGAAUUUUAAACUGUUUAAUGUAAUGAGGCAUUAUGCAAGGAAUUAUUAUUUGUGAAAUUUUAUAGGAAACAGAUUCACUUUGAAAACAGUUAACAUUAAUUUAGAGCCAAAUUUGGUGGGGCACCUGGGUAAGACUCUGCCUUUGGCUCAGGUCAUGAUCCCAGGGUCCUGUGAUGGAGCCCCAGUGGGCUCCCUGCUCAGUGGGGAGUCUGCUUCUCCCUCUCCCUCUGCCCCUCUCCACCUCAAUUAUAACUGAGGAAAGCAAUCUGUUUCAUCUGGAAAACUACUUAGUUACAUCAACUUAUAUAAAAUCUCCUUCUACAUUCCCAAUACGAGCCACUCAAGAAAGUUAAACAUAAUGUCUGACCAAAACUAAGUGAUAAUUUGAUUACCCAUCUUUUUUACCAAACUCAAUUCUGAAUGAAUAUUGAUCCCCAUU